CAAUAAAUACCAAAAACAAUGGCAACAAAAACAGAGCAAAACUGUGUUUGUAAUGGAAAUGAAGUGAAACCAAAGAAAACAUUGAAAGAUCUAAAAUCUAUUGACGAGUUUGAUAUGAAUCAAAUCGAUCUCAUUAGAGGUGAAACACCCGUUGAUAUCGCCGAUAGAUGUCUGCAAUUAUGCAAAGAGUAUUUGUCGGACGUUUGGACACAACAAACGGUGGACACCAUUGAAGUGAGAAGAAUAUCCGGAGGAAUGACUAAUCAGUUGUAUUACUGCGGCAUUAAAGGGGCCGACAAAGUGUCGACACCAGUGCCCCGAGAAGUGGCCGUCAGAUUGUAUGGACCGAAGUAUUUCAAUAACGAUGGUGUGGCCGAUGAGAGGCUGACCGACAUUAUUAUCGGCUUAAUGGUGUCCCGCAAUGGAUUGGGUCCCAGAGUGUACGGUAUGUUCACUGGUGGACAGAUUCACGCCUAUUAUAAGCACCGGCAAUUCACAAAAGCAGAGCAAAGUAAGCCCGAACUCGUGCGCCAAGUGUUUGAACGGUUAGCGCGCGUACACGCCAUGGAUGUGCCCACAAAGCGCGAGCACUGGUUCUUCAGCACUGCCGACAAAUGGUAUCGCAAAACACAGGACAACACCGAAACUCAAUCACUGAUCAAAGAACUCAAUUUGGAGUCAUUGGCAACACAUUCACUAAAAGCAGAGUUGGAUUUUCUACGGCAAGUUGUAGACCAGUGCGAGAGUCCAAUGGUUUUCUGUCACAACGACUUUCGCAGCGCUAAUAUAAUGGUAUUGGAGGGCAACGACUGUAACGCUAAUCCCGACGAAACGGUAUUGUUUUGCGAUUACGAGUACUCGAGCUAUGGAUACCGGGGCCACGAUUUGGCCAUGUUUGUCAACGAAUGGGGCCGAUCUAUGGAGGACUUUAUUAAGCCACACAUCUAUCCCGACGACACCACUCUUUUGCCACUCAUUGAGAUGUAUGUAAAAGAGUCGCAAAGAGUAUUAGGCAACAAAUAUUGCGAUAAUAAACUCAAUUCAGUCGAUCACAUACUGAAAGAGGUGAAAAUAUUUGCGCUGGUUACCUCGAUGUUUGGCAUUUUGUUUUGUCUCAAACAAAACAGUAGUGAUGUGGACUCGUUUGAAAUGGACAAAAAAUUGACCAUGCAAUUCUCUGAAGCGGCGUUCACUAACUUUUUGAGCUUAAAGAAACGCUUCACCGCUGAACAACUUUUUGAAAAUUUGUGAAUUAUUAUUUUUUACCUCCGU